AUGUCUGGAAGCGCAGGCUACGACCGACACAUUACCAUCUUCUCGGACCAGGGUCGUCUCUACCAAGUCGAAUAUGCAUUCAAGGCCAUCACCGCUGCCAACAUCACAUCGCUAGGUGUGCGAGGAAAAGACUGUGCGGUAGUCAUCUCGCAGAAGAAGGUGCCUGACAAGCUGAUUGACCCCAGCUCGGUCUCGCACAUCUUUCGGUUGUCGCCCUCGGUUGGCUGCGUCAUGACUGGAUCCAUUGCCGAUGCGAGAGCGUCAGUGAGCAGAGCGCGGGGUGAGGCUGCUGAGUUCCGCUACAAGUACGGCUACGAGAUGCCCUGUGAUGUCCUGGCAAAGAGGAUAGCCAACAUCAGCCAAGUCUACACUCAAAGGGCUUACAUGCGACCGCUAGGCGUGGCCACUACGCUCAUCUCGCUCGACUCUGAAUACGGACCCCAACUAUACAAGUGCGAUCCUGCAGGCUACUAUGUCGGUUACAAGGCAACAGCGUCUGGCCCCAAAACGCAAGAGGCGCUAAACUUUCUCGAGAAGAAGCUGAAGAACAAGGAGCAUGCCGACGGCAACUGGGAAGAGGUGGUCGAGCUUGCCAUUACCGCACUGAGCACUGUCUUGUCUGUUGACUUCAAAAAGGGAGAGUUGGAGAUUGGCAUUGUAGGAGGACCCAAGGCGGAUGGCGCGGAGGGUACAGAUCCCGCCUUCAGGGCGCUCACCGAGGACGAGAUCGACGAGCGACUUCAGUCAAUUGCAGACAAGGACUAG